CAGGACUCCUACAUAACGCUGAGCUGCGCCCCGUCGAACUCCGGAGUCCGAGGAUGGUUUCCAAGAGCAUCUACACUCUCGCGUUCCUCUGCGUGGUCUCUGCGGGGCGGCAGACUCUUCCGAAUUCCUUUCCCAAUGCUUGGCCGGGUCAGCCAGUGGGCGAUUACAGUCCCGAGUGGCAAAGCUACUUUGAAGUGAUAGGCCUCCCGCCGGCGAUCCCGACAGGUCUGCCCCGCAGCUUUGCAGGCAAUAUCAACGUCAAUCGCACCGGUCACAAGAACGAUACACUGUUCUUCUGGGGGUUCGAACGCGAGGGCGCGAGCGGGACGCUCACUGCGGCGGCGGACGCGAGCAAUACGGAUCCGUGGGUUCUGUGGCUGCAGGGAGGGCCUGGAUCUUCUGGCUUACUCGGGAUGGCGACGGAGAACGGUCCUAUCCAUGUACUGAGCGACGGCUCGUGGGUCUUGAACCCGUAUAGUUGGCACACGCUUGCGGAUACGAUCUGGAUAGACCAGCCCGUUGGAACGGGCUUCUCCACUGCAAGUUCAACGGGCUAUGCCGCGGACGAGGAGCAAGUGGCCGAGGAUUUCUUUGGGUUCCUCACGAAUCUGGUGAAAGUGUUCCCAGCCCUCGCUACUCGCCCCCUCUACCUCAUGGGCGAGAGCUAUGCUGGGGCGAUGAUUCCCUACAUUGUCAAGCGUCUUUUCGCAAGUCCGUCCGGUCCGGUAACGCUGGGCAAAGUCGUGAUUGGCAACCCUGCUCUGGGUUCUGUAGCCACGAUCCGAGACCUCCCCGUGGUCAACAUGUUGCAGACAUACCCAGAGAUCAUCGGGUACGACCAAGAUGUCUUCAAUUACUUCAAGGAGCAACACCACCUCUGUGGAUACGACUUGAACCUGACAUACCCCCAAAUCGAGCCGUUCCCCACUCUGAACUUCACCAGUGGGCUGAAGGCAGCGCUGAACCGUGCCGCAGCCCACGCUUCCCGCCGAUCUGCCAGAACGUGGAAGGAUACCUUUUUGAAUGAACUCGCCGCACGUCAGCGCAUCUCUGAACGCAGCGUCAGCGCGGACAGGAGCGUCAGAAGGUCGGAGCGGAAGCGGGACAUAUCUGGACCAACCGGGACCAUCGACUUCUGGUACGGCUGCGACAUCUUUGACGAGAUGACCGACUAUGCCUUGAAUUUCACGGCGCCAUGGACAACCGGGAACUUCGACACGUUUGACAUUCCGGAUGCCACCCACCCCGAGCCAGUCUUAGACCCCUCAACCGUCCUGAACGACCCACUCACUCGUGCAGCGCUGCAUGCCCCGACCUCGAAAGACUGGAGCAGCACGUUCGAUUACCCCUGGGGCUCAGUGAGCGGGCGUUUUGACCCCAGCGUGGAGCCUAUCGCAUUCCUCUCGGAGCUCGCCGCGAACGCGAGCGCGCGCAACAUCCCCUUUGUCUUCUACUCCGGGAACGACGACGCGCGCAUAUCGCACCGUGGCACCGAAACCCUGAUCCAGAACUUCACGUUCGGCGGUGUUCAGGGCUUCACACGCAAGCCGUCUACGCCGUGGUUCGACGACGACGGGAACGUUGCGGGCAUUGUGCACCAGGAGCGCAACGUGACCUACAUCCUCGUCGCUGGGGCCGGCCACGAAGUGCCGCAAUGGAAGCCUGCCCAGUCCCUCGUGUUCCUGCGCGAGUUCGUGUUCGGAGCGAACAGGAACGGCACCGUCGAAGGGUCUACCGUCGUCGGCAUCGAGGACGCGUCGCUCGCGGCGGACUACUUCCCUGGAGGCGGGGAGAUCUUCUUCGGGUCCCGCACGACCUCGGGGACGUUUACGUUCCCGAGCGCGACGGUCGCGGCGUGGAACAGCUUCAUGGGGGUCACGCCUCCAACCGGCACCGCUCCGGGUCUUGUUCCUGCGACGGCGUCUCCCAAGGCCAAUUCGGCGAGGGCGUCCAGAUGGAGCACUCCUGUGAUGUUCCUCGUUACGGGCAUGGUGGCAGUGGUGUCUUUGCUGUGCUGAACACUGCGUCCGUUGUAAGUUUUCAUGAUAUCCCCCACUAGCUAUUCCCCGCCUAUGCUCUCCAUAGAAUCAAGAGGACAGUAUUUAGACAUUUUAGACUUAGAAGUAAUCGAC